GGUUUUGAGGGUUUUUGGCUUUCUAUUUUUUUUAAUGCAACCUUCACAGUGUGUUUUCGAUCCCCUGCCCUUAACAGGGGGGAUCUUGAGUGGCUGCUCCAAGCUUGAGGGGUUGUUCAGGUUUUUGGCGGCGUGUGCGUGUGUCUGUCCCCAAAAUUGGGCUGUUUGUGCCCAUCCCCAGCACAGCUUGUCCCCUGCAGCCGCAAACAAAGCCCCAGUGAGGCGUGAAAGCGCGGUGUCACCGGGACAGCGGCAGCCGCAUGACGGGGCGGGUGACGCCGGGAUGGCGGAGACGGGUGGCACCGAGGGCCGCGCACAGAGUCCCCUUGUUCCUGCAGAAAGUGUCCCCUUGUGAGGCUUUUGCUCGGGGCCGGGUGGUGGUGGGAAUGUCCCUGUGCCGGGGCAGCGCUGCCGGGACCCCUCUGUCCCACUGCCACGGCCAUUGCCAAGGUGUGGGCACAGGGAGUCCCCUGGCACCUCUUGCCUCACUCUGUGUCCCCUCCCAGCUUAGGGUACACACCAUACUGGACCAAACUGGGCCAUGCAGUGCUUUGCCACGCCAAAACGUACAGCAGGACCGUGCUGUACACAGCUGUGCCGUGCCCCGCUAAACCAGGCCAGGCUGUGCUGUACUGUACUACGCUGGGCCGUGCCAUGCUGGGCUGUGCUGGCUGCAGGACAGAUCUUGGCUGGACCACAACAAGCUGGGGGGGCUGUAGCCAGGUUGUACAGCCGGGCUGUGCCGUGUCAGGCGCACCGUGCCAAUGCUGUGCCAGACCCUGUCACUCUGGGCUGCUCAAAACCGGGCAUAGUGUGCCAGCCCCGUGCCACGCAGUGCCAGCCCCGUGCCAUGCGGUGUCGGCCCCGUACCGUGCCAGCCCCGGGCUCGAUGCUGAUGCGCGUCCGGUGACGCGGUGGGGCCGCUGGGCGGCGCCCCGGGCGCACCGGGCGGACCGGGAGGGGCGGACCGGGCGGAGCGGGCGCAGCGGGAGGCGGCGGCGGCGGGAUGGACGAGUCCAGCAUCCUGCGGCGGCGGGGCCUCCAGAAGGAGCUGAGCCUGCCACGCCGUGGAAGAGCGCACCAGCGGGAUGUUGGUGCCAUACUGAGGCUGUGUUGGGGUGCACUGGAGCCGUACUGGGGCCGUACUGGAGCUGUGCUGGUGGAGCUGUGGUGUCUCAGCACCGGCACAUCCCGGGGCCGAUCGGGAUCAGGGCUGCCGCUGGACCAGGUCGGGGGUUCGGGGGCUGCCGAGCCGAGCCUUGCCGAGCCGAGCCUUGCCGAGCCGAGCCGCAGGGGCGGGCCCGGGCCCGGCGGGCCGAGCACGGAGCCCCGGCGGGGCCGCCGCUGCCGCCCGCCCGCGGGAGCCGCCCAGCGCGGGGGCAGCCGGGGCGGCGGCGGCGCGGGGAGCGGAGCGGGGCGGCGGCGGCAUGAAGUCGCGGCGGGACAGGCUGAAGAUCCCCUCGCUGACCUUGGAGUGAGUCAGGACUGGGGCAGCUUGUCUCCGUGCAGCCAGAGCCCGACGCUGCUGAGCCCCUGCAGCCCCUGCAGCCCCUUACUAACCCUGCACCCCUGGAGUUGCCGAAGCAGCAAUAGGAAGAGCUUAGUGGUGGGAACCCCCUCUCCGACCCUCUCCCGGCCUCUGUCCCCCCUCUCUGUGCCGACAGCCGGGAGCAGCCCCUUGGACAGCCCGCGCAACUUCUCCGCCAGCACCUCCGUCAACUUCCCCUUUGCUCGCAGCCAUGCUCCUCGGACUGACAGGGCUGAUGGCAGAAGGUGGUCACUGGCUUCGCUCCCCUCCUCUGGCUACGGGACCAACACCCCCAGCUCCACUGUCUCGUCGUCCUCAUCCUCCCAGGAGCGCCUGCACCAGCUGCCGUACCAGCCCACCCCCGACGAGCUGCAUUUCCUUUCUAAGCAUUUCCGCAGUACGGAGAGCGUCACGGACGAGGAGGGCCGGCACUCGCCCUGCCUGCGCCCGCGGUCCCGGAGCCUCAGCCCUGGACGGACGAGUGGAACAUUUGAUAAUGAGGUUGUGAUGAUGAACCAUGUCUACAAGGAGCGGUUCCCCAAGGCCACCGCCCAAAUGGAAGAACGUCUGCAGGACACCAUCACAAACUUCUCUCCGAGCAGCACUCUGCCGCUGGCAGACGGGGUGUUGGGCUUCAUCCACCACCAGAUCAUCGAGCUGGCCCGUGACUGCCUAGCCAAGUCCCAGGGAGCUCUCAUCACCUCCCGCUACUUCAUGGAGCUGCAGGAGAAGCUUGAGAAGAUGCUCCGAGAUGCUCAGGAGCGUUCGGAGAGCGAGGAGGUGAAGUUCAUUGACCAGCUGGUGAGGAAGCUGCUGAUCAUCAUCUCCCGUCCCGCUCGCCUUCUGGAGUGCCUGGAGUUUGACCCGGAGGAGUUUUACCACCUCCUGGAAGCUGCGGAGGGACACGCGAAAGUUGGCCAGGGAAUAAAGACUGAUAUUCCCCGCUAUAUCAUCAGCCAACUGGGGCUCGUCAAGGACCCGCUGGAGGAAAUGGUGCAACUGGAUCACUUUGACAGUGGGAACACCAUUACACCGGAGAACGAUGACACCUGUGAGAGCCGACCUUCGGCCACCGCCCCUCGGAGGAAGCCCUGCGAGGGGGACUUUGAGACCAUCAAGCUGAUCAGCAAUGGGGCUUACGGGGCCGUGUACCUGGUGAGGCACCGGGAGACGCGGCAGCGCUUCGCCUUGAAGAAGAUCAACAAGCAGAACCUCAUCCUGAGGAACCAGAUCCAGCAGGUGUUUGUGGAGAGGGACAUCCUCACCUUUGCGGAGAACCCCUUUGUGGUCAGCAUGUUCUGCUCUUUCGAGACGAAGCGGCACCUCUGCAUGGUGAUGGAGUACGUGGAAGGGGGUGAUUGUGCCACGUUGCUGAAGAACAUGGGCCCGCUGCCUGUGGACAUGGCAAAGAUGUACUUCGCCGAGACCGUGCUCGCACUGGAGUAUCUGCACAACUACGGCAUCGUCCACCGUGACCUCAAACCUGACAAUUUGCUCAUCACCUCCAUGGGCCACAUAAAGCUGACAGACUUCGGUCUGUCAAAGAUCGGCUUGAUGAACAUGACCACAAACCUCUACGAAGGGCACAUGGAGAAGGACACUCGGGAGUUCAUGGACAAGCAGGUGUGUGGCACCCCGGAGUACAUCGCCCCAGAAGUCAUCCUCAUCCAGGGCUACGGGAAGCCCGUCGACUGGUGGGCCAUGGGCAUCAUCCUCUACGAGUUCCUGGUGGGCUGCGUCCCCUUCUUCGGGGACACCCCUGAGGAGCUCUUUGGGCAGGUCAUCAGCGAUGAAAUUAUGUGGCCGGAAGGGGACGAGGCUCUUCCCGCAGACGCCCAGGACCUGAUCAUGAGGUUGCUGAGACAGUGUCCCCUCGAGCGCUUGGGCACCGGGGGUGCACACGAGGUGAAGCACCAUUCCUUCUUCCUGCACCUGGACUGGAAUGGGCUGCUGCGGCAGAAAGCCGAGUUCAUCCCGCAGCUGGAGUCAGAGGAGGACACCAGCUACUUCGACACUCGCUCCGAGAGGUAUCGCCACUUGGAUUCGGAGGAUGAAGAAACCAACGACGAGGAAUCGUCUGUGGAGAUCGGGCAGUUCUCCUCCUGCUCCCAUCGCUUCAGCAAGGUGUACAGCAGCUCCGAAUUCCUGGCGGCCAACUCCAACCUCAGCCUCUCGUCAUCCUCCGACCGGAGUCACAGCGAGGACAAAGAGGAGCGAUGGGACCGGCACUCGGGAGAUGAGGACAGGAGCCGGCUGGCGGGCACGGAGCCCCGGCUGCGCUCCUGGACGUCCAGCAGCUCCACGCCGUACAGCUCCCGGCACGAGCGCAGCCGCAGCCCCGCCGCGCUGCCCAGCACCUACAGCCUGGACACCAUGCCCAAGUUCGCCUUCUCCUCGGAGGACGAAAGCCCUUGCGUGGUGUCCUCCAAGCCGGAGAGACCCAAAUUUGUGCUGGGAGACGCCGACACGGGGACCGGCAACAUGGUGAAGCCGUCGGCAUUAUCCGCGGAUCUCGCCAGCCUGAACCGCAUCCGCCUCCGGAGCAACAGCACCGGCACCAAAAACUCGGCUCCUCGGGGCCUGGAGCCGGGCGGGAGCCGUCGGCUGGGCAGCCAGAAGGACAUCCCAGACAGACAGAGAUCCUCGCCGGGUGGCCGUGUCCCCAAAUCCGCCUCCGUCUCAGCCCUGUCCCUCAUCAUCACCUCAGAUGAUUUCAGCGGCGGCGCCUUGAUGAGCCCCAUCUCCCCCCACUCCCUCUCAUCCAACCCCUCUUCCCGCGACUCCUCCCCGAGCCGGGACUCAUCCCUGGCCAUCACCAGCCUGCGGCCCCCCAUCAUCAUCCACAGCUCGGGCAAGAAGUACGGCUUCACCCUGCGCGCCAUCCGCGUCUACAUGGGGGACAGUGACGUCUACACUGUCCACCAUAUGGUCUGGAGCGUGGAAGAGGGGAGCCCGGCGCAGGAAGCGGGGCUGAGGGCGGGUGAUCUCAUCACCCACGUGAACGGCGAGUCCGUGCUGGGUUUGGUUCACCGGGACGUCGUGGAGCUGCUGCUGAAGAGUGGGAAUAAAGUGGCCCUGCGCACAACUGCCCUGGAAAACACUUCCAUCAAAAUCGGCCCCGCGCGGAAGAACAGCUCCAAGACGCGGAUGGCGCGGAGGAGUAAGAAGAGCAGGAAAAGGGACGGCCAGGACAGGAGAAAAACCCUUUUCAAGAAGAUCUCCAAGCAGUCGUCGGUCCUGCACACCAGCCGCAGCUUCUCCUCCGGUCUCCACCACUCUCUGUCCUCCAGCGAAAGCCUCCCGGAGUCCCCAACGCACAGCGUGUCCCCCGGUCCCCCCACCCCCUGCCGCAGCCCUGCUCCCGACCUGCCCCCAGACGCUGUGUCCCCACAGAGCACCUCUCCCUCCUCCAGCACCCCGACGUCCCCCGCCGGGCACGUGCGCCCCAGCUCCCUGCACGGGCUGGCGCCCAAGCUGGGGGGGCAACGCUACAAAGUGGGACGGCGCAAAUCCACCAGCAGCAUCCCCCCCUCGCCCCUGGCCUGCACCCCUUCCUCCGCCCCGCGCCCGCCUUCUCCCCAACGCUCCCCGUCCCCGCUUCCUGGUUACCCCAAAGCCCCCCAUCAUUCCUUCCAGGGCAAGACCUUGUCCCCCCCCACCAUCAUCCGGCAGAGCUCGCGGCCCCGCAGCACCGACUGCCCCCGCUCCCCCCUCCUCAAACGCGUCCAGUCGGCCGAGAAGAUCGUCACCAUCCUGGCGGAGAAGAAAACCGGGGGCAGCCGCAAACUGGGGCUGGAGAUGCCGGCGAUGGACGGCGAGGCCAUGGGGGAGGGUGAAGCGCCGGCGUACCCCGGGGAACACGGUUAUCAUCCCCCUGGCUCCCGGCACGACCGGGACCAGGAGAUGGUGGUCAUGCGGCGCCUGAACCUCUCGGAGCGUCGGGACUCCUUCAAGAAGCAAGAAGCGGUUCAAGAAGUGAGUUUUGAUGAACCGGAGCCGGUACCGGCAAGCGAAGACGGUGACAAGAGCGAAGCCGCACAGGGCGCUGCUCUCCGGUGUGGCGGCACCAAGCCUGGCGCGGUGCCGCAGAUCGCGGUGCAGGGCUCCGAGAGCGACGAGCAGGAGCCGCCGGCGGCCGAGUGGGAAUGUCGCGGCUCCUACCCCAUCGGCAGCGCCACGCAGCCGGACGGCAGCGUCCCCUCGCCGUGCUGGGACAGGUGCGAGCAAUGGGACCGCGGCUCCCGGCAGCACCGGGACUUCGGGGAGAGAACAACCGGCCACCAGCAACCGGUGCCGGUACGGGGCCGGGAGCCAGUGGGCGCUCCGGUGCCGGCGCCCCGGGGUGCUGUGUGGAAUGGGGCCAAGCACCCCUGAGCCCCACGCCGGCACCCGGGGAUGCCCCGUGACAUCCACCACCUCCCGAAACAACCUUCCCGUGUGGCGUAUCUAUGAGAUGAACCAUCCCUGGAGCCGUUUUGGACGCCGGUGCCCCAGUGUUUCACCUCCGCCCCCAAAUAGGCUUUUUGUACUCCCCGAAAGAUGCUGAUAUUUUUAUAGAGACACGGGAGCUUUUCCGGUGGCGGCGUUUCCCCGGCAUGGCCCCAACCCUUUGUGUAUAGAAAGGACUCGAUGCAAAUAUUCGUUAAUUAAUUUAUUACUUUUAUAAGCUAAAGGGGCAGUGCAGGAUGGUCGCAGGGUCCCAUCCAGACCAGGGGGGUCCCCAGGUUUUUCCAUGCAGUUCCCAGCCUGAUUACAUGAUGUUUUCUAACCUUGCAAAGACCCACUUGCUUUUCCCCACUUUUUAACUUCAGUUUUAGUUGGAAACACCCUAAAUCUCCUAAAAACGCCCAUUAAGUGAGGUAAUUGUAAUAUUUAAAAUAAUAAUUAAAAAUAAACAAGGCACAGCAACAGCCCCCCAGGCACUUGCGGCCCGAGCUGGGAUGCAUAUGCCUGAUUUUACAUGCCUAUGGGUCAUUGUAUGAUGAUGCAUAUGGUUCAUUUUAUAAGCGUAUAGCAGAUGUAAAGGUUUUAGUUCUUUUAUUCGGAGCCUUUUGGAGCCGCUCGUCUCCAGCGGCUCAAGAAAAGCAAAGGCGGCCCCUUGGGGGCAGCAAGCGGAUUUGAAUAUAAAUGGGAUUUUGGGGUCGGUUUUCGCUCUUUGCGUCUCUUCUGCCACUGCAUCCCGCGGUGUCCGUCGGUCGGUGCAGACAGACGCCCGUCAAAAGCCAAUAUUUCUUUAGAAAAACAACAAGCAAACAACCACCCACCCACCCAGCAAGAGCCUGUGCUGCUGCUUCAUCUGUAAUUCGGAAAUUUCACCCCCCUCUUUCCCUUGUCGCUUUUUAUCCAACAAACUACGGCUCAGCCCAGCAUUUCCCCCCCCAUUUCUACUGUUUUCUAUGAUAGAAAUGUUUCUAUAUGAUAACGCAUGUACUGGCUUGGCCCCCAUGGCCACGUUUUACUGCCCCGGUGCUUUGGGCACCAUCCUGGCAAUGGGGGGGCCUGUCCCAAAUUCGCCGACCCCCUGGUGCCACCGGCCGUCACCGUGCCGCCGCCAACAGGCACGUUUACAACCCCAAAGCAGCCGGUGGCUUUUUCAGUCGUGUGUUGGAUCAUUUUGUGCACGUGCGGUUUGUGCCAGGCUCCGGAUCCCGCUCCCCCCCGUUAAACUGGUGUCGUUGAACCCCCAAAAAUGAGCGGCCGGAGCCACUCGGUGUUCCCUUUGCUUCUUCCUCCGUUUUCUGUAUGAAGGUCUCAGGAGGGCAGUGGGAUCUGAGGGGGACGCUGGGCACCCCCUGCCCGCCAGGAGCUCGGCCACGCGCCGGCAGCAUGGAUACGGCAGGAAAAGCUAUUUUUUUCAUGGAAAACGUCUUCUAAACCAAGGGGACCGCGUCUUCCCGCGCAGCGCCAGCUUCGUUCUGCCUCCGGGGUGUUUGAUGUUGUAUUAAAAAUGUUCCAUUGGCUGA